AUGUCCUCCUUCUUGCAAAAGAUCACCUCGGUGCCAUUCGACGUGCUAUGGCGAACUGCACUCGUCCGCCUCCCCAGGGCGGUCCCACUCUCCACACUCAAGUGGACCUCGCCAGAAGGUCCGCAUCCUUUUGUUUUCAAGAUGCCCUCUAGAUCGUCGGAGUACACCAUUCCGCUGCACAUCUUCAUCCCUCCGAGUUAUUACGAUCGUCCACCAUCUGAAGGGGCACCGGUGCUGGUCGAUUUUCACGGCGGCGGAUUCUACCUCGGAUCUUGCUUGGAACAGGCACCAUUCUGUGCCUACAUGGCAAGGAAGAUGGAUGCCAUCGUCAUCAGCGUCGACUAUCGCAUGGGUCCAUUCCAUAGCUUCCCGGCUGCGAUCGAGGAUGGCGAAGACGUGCUCAGUGCUAUCCUCGACGACGACUUCCCCGGUUACAGGCCACUUCGUCAAGCAAUCGCAGCCAGAAUUCAGUCCGAAAAGGCUAAAAUAGCCAACAAAGGAGCGGCUGCGAUCAACGAGCAGCAUCUGAAAGACCUGCAAGAGGGCAAGAUCGAAGAGGUUCAGGCGCCGUCCUCGUCCAAGUCGACGAGCUCUGCUUUGACUUUCAGAUUCGACCCCAGCAAAGUGGCCGUAUCAGGCUUCAGCUCGGGCGGGAACCUCGCCCUCAACCUUGCGCUUCACAUCAAGCCUCCUGAGCUCAGGACCGAAUGGCCGAGCCGAUUCGCGCAAAACCAUCCAGCACCGAUCCCGCUGCUCCUCUUCUAUCCUUCGUUCGAUCUUCGUCAGCUACCCUCGCAGCGCUCUCGCCCGGAGCAUAUGGCUCUGCCAUCCGCCUUCUGGACGCGGGUUGCUGACUCGCUCGCGCCGACUUACGCUGAACGCGAUCAGACGACCCAUCCUCGCGUCUCGCCGGGGCUUGCAUCGCUAGACUCCCUCCACCCGGCCGCACGCAUGUUCCUCGUCUUAUGCGAGCUAGAUACACUAGCAGAGCAGUCGAAGGAGUGGGUGGACAAGGUCAAGGCACAUCAGCGGAACGAGCAUCUCGUGGUGGAAGAUGUCGCGAAUAUGAAGCAUGGUUGGACGCAGAUGCCGGACGGAUGGCUCAAUGACGAGGAGAAGCACGCCAAGGACGUCGUGUUUGCCAAAGCGACCGAAUUUGUGGCGUGGGCGUGGGAUGGAAGCCCGGCGAAGGACAAGCCAGAAUCAGAGCUCGUAGUGCCUCAGAAGGAUGCAGGGACAGCAGAGACGACCGAGAUCACGCCUUGA